AUGGAACGGCGAGAAGUGCUUUGCAGGGAAUGCGUCCUGCAAUCACACCUGCGUCUGCCAACAACGGCAGCCGCAGACCGCUACUACUGCACAGUCACACAUUGCGAGACUGAUCUCACUAGUCCCGAGACUAUUAAAGCUUCAUCGGACGCAGAACCGACCAAGCGGCACCGCGGCUUCGGCUUCGUCACCUGCCACUCGGAGGAGGCGGUCGAGCGCGUGUGCGACAUCCACUUCCACACGAUCAAGAACAAGAAGGUGGAGUGCAAGCGCGCCCAGCCCAAGGAGGCGGUGGCGGCGGCGCCCCUCGCCCUCGGCAAGCGGCUCGUGCUGAGACCGGGCCGCGGGCAGGUGUACGGCGGCGUGGGCGGCGUGGGUGGCGUGCCGGCCGUGGGCGCGGUGGGCGUGGGCGCGCACGCGUACCGCUACGCGCUGCCCGCGCCGGGCGCGCUCGUGGCGCCCCCCGCGCCCGCCCCGGCGCCGGCGCUGCCGCAGUUCGGCACCGCGUACUCGCUAGCCGGCGUCGACAUGUCCUCGUUCCAGGGCGUGGACUGGAGCGCCAUGUACGGCCUGCCCAUGUACAUC